CCUGUCAGAAGAAGCAGUACAAGCUAAAUCAAUUAACUCGUUCAAAAGCCAUGUGGAUGAAUAUGUAAGGAUGGGGGUUUAUACAAGACGGUAGUCUUCCUACUCUUCGAUCCACUCCAAACCUACAGUUGAAAUAGUGAUGGUGUCAAAGAGGAAGUCACAUGGGUUAGACAGCACAUCGGCACCUACCAAGUCUAAUGCAACACUAGACCAUGCAGGCUCUGAGAAAUGUGGGAUUUCACGCAAUGAUACACUAGCUUUGUGUAAACCCAUAGCUAUUCGUUUGACAUUCAUUGUGUCUGUCGUCGGUAUUGCACUAUGGUGCAGUGGCAGAUCAGAAGAACUAAUCACGUUUGUGAAACAACAGGAAGUUGUCAUCAAACGAGCACAGACAGUGCCUUGCUCAAAAGAUUAUGACCUAACGUUAUAUAAAGGUUGUGCACCAAAACGAUGUGGAAGAGUUGUGAUGGAUGGACUUGUCACAUCCAAGGAAGCUGAACAUCUGGUUGAAUUAGUAGAGAGUGCGCUGUCUUAUGGUGGUUCAACAGGCGGGGCAUCCAUAUUGGAUCUGCAUUCUGGAGCAAUGUCAAAGGGAAAUGGUUUUGUCAAUAUUUACAGUUAUUUAAAGAAGAAGAAAUUGGAUCAGAUAUUUACAGAUGAUGACUUCCUACUUUACACACAGAUAAAGAACCGAAUUCGACAAGCAAUCGCAACGGAGUUUGGAAUUCUGCAAGAGAACUUGUACCUUACAAAGCCGACGUUUUUCUCCCGCAUGACAAACGCAACGGCAAAGACAAUCCACGAUGAGUACUGGCACGUACACGUAGACAAGGAGACGUACGGUUCGUUCUUCUACACAUCGCUGCUCUACCUGACCAACCACAACAUCGACUAUACCGGCGGCCGCUUCAUCUUCAACGACGCAGAUGCAAACCGAACUGUGGAGCCAAGAACUGGUCGGGUCUCUUUCUUCACGUCUGGGUCCGAGAACCCACACUUUGUGGAGAAGGUGACUAGUGGAACACGCUAUGCAGUUACGGUCUCCUUUACCUGUGAUAAAGACCAAGCAAUCAGGGACCCGACAUCGGAGGCAUUUCAAGACUAGGGUGUCCUUCAGGCUUGCACAAGUAGUGAUUCGCUUACUAGUGCUAAAGAACAUUCCUGCGUGAAAUUUGUUUUUAGUUUGUCGUAAAAUGUAUUGUUAUGAUCGUGUAUUUAUGGCAUCUAUAACAAUAUUUUGGAAACCAGGGGAUAGUUUUCAUCAUAUCGUUGCAUUAUUGUGAUAAUUAAGUUUGUUGAUGAUUAUUUUAAUAAUUGUCUUUCUGACCAAUCUCGUAUUUUUUUACCACAACAAUAUACUUACUGGUAUUGCUUGUGCAACAGUGUCUAAAGUAAAGCUAACAUAUCUUAUAACACUCGUACAUCGUAAUUUCCACAAAAAUAUACGAUUGAAAUCUGUUACAUCGCGUUGACACGGUUACCUGAUGAUGCCACUUGAUUCUCACAACACCGUCCCGGUACUUUUCGAUGGCAUCUUGAAUUACGCAGUAGAGAUGUACCUCUCUAGAACCACUACGUCACACGAGAUGCAUUUUUGUCUGGUGGUUGCUUAUUGCAAGGGAAUUGUUGCUAUACGGCAGUGUCACAUUGUUAUUUGCCAUUUUAUAUACCAUAACAGCCAAAAAACCAUUGCAAUUUUUAUACUGGAGUAAUCAGUAACAUAUUUCGCUAUAUUUGUCUCAGUUGUGCAGUUGUUUAAUAUGAAAUAAUUCCUUUAAUAUAUCAGUACAAUCAGGA